AAUAGUAGUAAAUUAUGGAGACUGGUGUUAGUGUUGACAGACAUCGGUGGAUCAGAUGGUGACUUCCGUUUACUGCACGUCUUUUGAAGAAGAGCAUUUUGGAAUGCGAUUCCUCGGGGUUUAGCAAAUAGAGCCAGAGAUCCAGAUCCUUAUGGCUGUGUAUGAUGAGAACCUCCUGAAGAACCCUUUUUACCUGGCACUGGAGAAGCAGAGACCCGACCUGUGCAGCAGAGUGGCAGAGCUACAUGGCAUUGUUUUGGUGCCGUGCUGUGGAAGCAUAACCCUUAGUGCGUACACAGCAUCCCAGUUUGAAACCUACGUUUUACACCCAUCUGGAGAAGGGUAUCAGACUAUAGAUGGGAAGGAGCUGACCAUCCAGGACAGCUUGGUGAGACUGGGCUUAGGGUUCCAGGUCCCAGCCAAUGUGCCCAUCCUGUUUGAGGAGACCUUCUACAAUGAGAAGGAGCAGAGCUACAGUAUCCUGUGUAUCGCCAGGCCCAUUGACACCAACCAAAGCCCAGUGGAGGUGGCCCCCAGCCCAGCCCCGUACUAUCUGAAGAAUGUGGAGGAUGUCAGGGAGUUCCUGGGCCGCCAUGUUGAGAAACUGGACAAGUUCAUCAGCAGCUUUUGCCACUCAUUAAAGGAGCAGGAAAAGAAGGGACUGCGACACCACAUUGACUCUGUGAAUUGUCUUUAUACUAAAUGUCUUCAGUGCCUGUUGAGAGACUCUCGCCUGAAAUUGCUGGUCAAACAGGAGCUCCAGAUGACUCUCCUCAAACAGGCGGUUGAGAUGUAUAUACAUCAUGGUAUCCAUGAUUUCAUCUUUAAUUUUGUGGGGACUCUUGAAGCCAGCCAGGAUUCUGCCUUCAACAAAACCACCAGAGGCCUGCAGGACCUGCAGCAGAAAGACUUUGGGGUCAAAUCUGAAUUUAGUAUAAAUAUCCCUCGGGCCAAAAGGGAGCUGAGCCAGUUGAACCGCUGCACCUCUCCUCUACACAAACUGCUCUGCCUCAGGAAGGUGUCUCUCACAAUCAUGCAGUCCCCCAGCCACUCUGUUAGCUUAGAGGCCCUGUGUGCAGACGACCUUCUGUCUGUGAUUCUGUACUUACUGGUGAAGACGGAAAUCCCCAAUUGGAUGGCCAACCUGAGCUACAUCAAGAACUUCCAUUUCUGUAAUUCCACCAAGGAGGAGCUGAGCUACUGCCUGACGUCGUUCGAGGCCGCCGUGGAGUUCAUCAGACAGGGAAACUUCGGCCAGGGCCGCGUGGGUUUAGGGGACCUGAACAACAAAGUGCAUUUCACCCAGAAGAUAAACCUGCUCUCCCAGAACUCUGCUACCCCCAUAGACUGUCUGUUUCAGCACAUAGCCAAUGGUAACGAGGUAGAGGUCCAGCGUGUGUUGAGUGAGAACCAGAGUGACGGUGUAAAGGGGUGCCACCCCCUCUGCUCCUGUGACCACUGUGAGCUCCAUCUCUCAGGGAGCCUGAAUGACCCCUCCAUCAUAACGCCCUUCUCUCGAGACGACAGGGGAUACACACCACUUCACGUCGCUGCUAUCUGCGGUCAGUCCCUGUUGAUCGACCUGCUAGUGUCUAAGGGAGCUCUGGUGAAUGCCACAGACUACCAUGCCCUCUCACCCCUUCACCUCUCCUGCCAGAAGGGCUACCAGCGAGUCACGCUGCUGCUCUUGCACUAUAAGGCUUACUCCGGUGCCCAGGAUAACAAUGGCAACACUCCUCUGCACCUGGCCUGUAUGUACGGACACGAGGAUUGUGUUAAAGCCCUGGUGUACUACGACCUGCACGUGUGCCGUCUGAACAUCCAGAAUGACAAAGGCGACACUCCCCUGCACAUCGCAGCCCGGUGGGGCUACGAGGGCAUCAUUGAGGUGCUGCUGCAGAACGGAGCCAGCACCACCAUCAACAACAAGGUCAACGACUCUCCACUACAAUGUGCCCUCAACUCUAAGAUUCUAACGCUAUUGGAGUUGUCCCACAACGGCUCUGAUAGAAGAGAGAACAAUGAUGCCUCUGACUGCAGCAGCCGCCGCUCCUCUGUUUCCAGCACCACCUCCCAGAGCUCCGAGGCCAGACCCGACAGAGACAGGUUCCGACACAAAGAGGUGGAGAAGUUGCUUCGUGCGGUGGCAGAUGGAGACAUAGAGAUGGUGCGGUACCUGUUGGAGUGGUUGGAUGAGGAACCAGAGGAGCAGCAUGCAGGGCUGCCGUCCUGGACAGAACUGUGCCACCCACUGUGCCAGUGUCCACACUGUGGACCUACACAGAAGAAGUUGGCGUGCCUGCAGGCCAGUGGUCUGAGUGUGAACAGCAGUAGUGUGGAUGGCUUCACUCCCCUCCACGUGGCAGCGCUCCAUGGUCACACGGCCCUGGUGUCCCUGUUCAGCCGCCACGAGGCCAAUGUUGACGCACGCAACAGCCAGAGUGCCACGCCACUGCACCUGGCCAGCCAGAACAACCACGUACAGGUAGUGACAUCACUGCUGGAGUGCAACGCCAAGCUGAAUAAGAAGGAUCACUAUGGCAACACCCCUCUGAUCCACACCUGCCUCAGAGGUCACCUGGACACAGCCACCAUCCUGCUACAGAGCAAUGCGUCAGUGAACCUGUCCAAUAACCAGGGGAACACGGCCCUGCAUGAGGCUGUGAGGGGAGGUCACCUGGCUCUGGUGGAGCUGUUACUGCAGGCUGGAGCCCUGGUCCACAUGAGGAACCGGAGACAGAGGACCGCACUGGACUGUGGCAAGGAGACUGGGGGCAAGAACACUGAGAUCCUGAGGAUUCUUCAGAAGGCUUCUGGACUCUCCCCUGAUGCUGAACCAAUCAAACUGCUCUCUGUGCCCAAGGGGGCUUUGGCCCAUUCAUUUGUCCAGAGGUUCAAGCUCCAUCAGCAUAAUACCAAUGGAAGAUGUCAGAAGCUAGCCCAGUCAAUCAACAGAGUUCAGCAGAUGAAGAAAGGUCUUCCCAGGGACCCCAGUGUACCUUCCAUCAACUCGCCCACUGCCCAGAGGAGGAAGCUGAGGCGGGGGGUGACCCUGGAGAGCAGUGGGCCUUUCAGCAUCUGCUCCAGCCCAGAGGGAAGCCCCCCGCCUGGGUACCACAGGGACAGCGAGAGGGUCCUGAGCCACUGUCACACUGUGGACACAGAACACCCCCCAUUCCCUCAGUGGGCCCGGGACCUGAGACACACAGAGGUUAAGGUGGACACACAUGAAGCCGAAGACCCUUCACACACAGACACUCCCGGUGAGCCUGACAUACACACACCUGACGUAUCAAGUACACAGCUGAUGGCCGUUCAAAUACACACGCACAGCCAACAACCCCUCUAAUACCCUACAAACAACCAGCAGCGUCCCAUCACACACACCUAGCCAAGUCAAUGAAGGAGACAGACCAAGAAGGACAUGAAAAAUAUGUCCUCACCAGAUACAGAUUUACAGUGGAAAAGAUACUGUCCAGAGGCUGGGAGCCGACCCAAAGAGCUGGUAGAAGACUUGGUGGAUAAAUGGAGAUCCUUUAAGGAACGGAUGGUUGAGGCAGACUCCAGACGGGAGAACUUGCACCAAGUGGGUUAACCAGAGAUGAGUGGAGCCUAGUUCUAGUUACAGAAAGAGGGCUUCUAUACUGACUAUUAUUGAAAGCACUUUUUCACCUUGCCUUCAGGAAAAAGGGUAACAAAUCAUGUUAAUUCAACUUCAUGCGAAUGUCAUUUCUGUUUUAGUACAUUUUUUAUUUGGUUGCUCACUCUUCUAAAAGAGAGUAGAUAGAACGUUGUGACAUUAUAGCAUAUCACGAUGAAGAAAGUUGGUUUACUUGAUAGGAUCAUCUGCAUCUAUGCUCCUCUUGCAUCUGACAGGGUUUUAUUUCAACAUGUACAAUCAGGGCUCUGUUUUUAUUCCUAACAAUUUAGUUUUUUUAUUACACUUCUCAGGUUUGGAUAUAAUUUUUAAUUGACUGCGUUAGUUAUUCCCUUUUUUAGAAAAACCAUCAAUUCCCCUUUUCAACCCAUCUAUAACACAUGACCUCCCUGGUGUGACAUCUGAAUGACUAUGCACAGUAAGGCCACACUUGUAUCUCACUGAAUGUCACACACAGUUUUCUUGGUUGCUCUGUAGGUAGAGGGAGCAAUGUAUAUACAUCUAUAUACAGUGAGUAGCUCAAUUUGUUGACUCCAGAAAUUGUACUGUAGUUGUUACUAUAUUCUCAAAUGCAGUACAACUGCCAUAGUUAAUGUCUAUCAUUUUUACUGUAUUCUGAUGUAACACAUGCCAUGGAAAUGGGUACAUAUGUAAAAAAAAAAAUAGAUAUAUAUAUGGCCUUGCUUGACAGGAUCAACUGCCAUAGAAGUGAAACAGAAUUUUCUGCUCAAUGAUAAAUAAGCACUUUUUGCAGCAGAAAAUUCUGUUUCACUUCUAUGGCAGUUGAUCCUGUCAAGCAAGGCCAUAUAGGACCCAACCGACGCUAUCGGGAGUUUGCACUUUGCUCCUAGCAUUUUUUUCUUUCUGUCAACAACACUCUGAAAUGUCUGUAGCUCUUUGAAUUGACAUUAUUUUAAAUCGUUUUCCAGCACAUACAGUAUAUUUAACACAAACGACUAGCAUCAAUCAGCGUACGGAUGUAUUUUUAUUUCAAGGUGACCGUUUUGGUAUAUGCAUUAGUAGUUAUCCACUCCAAUUGCAAUAUUAAUUUAUGUACUAAAGUAUUUUAUUUUGAAUGUUGAGGCAGUGAACAAUAUUAUUAUAUUAUUAUUAUUAAAUAAACCCAUGAUCUAUUGUCAUUUGGUCAUGCAGGUGUUGGCCAGUUAUAAAAAAAAAAAAAUUAAAUGUGUGCUUUAGGAUCUAUAUGCUUGGUAAGUUUCUAAUGUUAUGACUUUUAUACUGUUAAAAUAUUUUAAAGGGUCAUUCUAGACUUGGUACGUACAUUUUUGAGUGAUACAUUAUAUGUACCCAUUUGAUUCUUCAAUAAAAUGCCUCAUGAGCUUA